AUGGGUGCUGCCGUUUACUAUUCUACUGAGGCGUUCGCCAAUCCAGGACCGGCUCCUAGGCCUCCUCAGCAUCAUACUGGAUCCUCCGAAAUGGGUCCAAUUCACACAACUAUCAACCUCAAGAAGAGACAAGGCUGGGUCCAGGUGAAAGACGAAGGCCUGAUUUCCUUCAGAUGGCCCAAGAAGUAUCUCGUAUUGAACGAGUCAACUCUAGAUUUCUACAAGAACGACACAUACAAUCACGACGACGUGUGGCUUUCGAUGCCUCUGUUCAAUAUUUCAUCCGUGGUGAAGAACCAGAUGAAGCCUAAUUGCUUUGAGAUCGUGCUGAGAAGACAAAGCUCUUCCAACCAGAAGUCUGUUUUUGUUAGUGUGAAGUCCGAAAAGGAUCUGAACACAUGGAUUGAUAGCAUUUUAUCCAAGUGUCCAUUGACCCUUGGAUUCUCUAACCCUAUCAACUUUACUCACAAAGUCCAUGUGGGCUUCGACCCUGCUUCUGGGUCGUUUACUGGGCUACCGGCAACCUGGAAGUCACUUUUACAGCAGUCACACAUCACCACGGAAGACUGGUCCAAGGACCCCCUUGCUGUGAUUGAGGUUUUGGAGUUCUAUUCCGAUACGAUGGCUAGUCCCAGCCUGGACCUCGAUGACAGCUUCGACCAGAACACCAAGCUCGUGAACUCGAACUUGAAUGAAUGGACUAAACCACCCAAAUCUCAGCCCCCCUCUGUUCCUGCCGCCUUCAAGCCUACCAGGAGGGCUCCUCCUCCGCCACAACAGUCCCAGCAAUCGCGGCCGAAAUCACAGUUGCAGUCACACCAGGCUCCUAUCACCUCUACUCCUCCAAAACAGUCUCCUCAGCACCAUGCCCAACAAACUCCAACUGCACAAAUGCAGGAGAUGAAGUUGACUCCUGUGAGACGUGCUCCCCCUCCGCCUUUUCAGACUCCUAGUGGUAGCUUCAAGUCCGGAAGGUACCCAACGGACAUCAACCACAAACCCACUAGUAAUAACAACACACCAGCUGUCGCCACGAGUGGAGUCAAGCCAAUGCCAAAUCCUUACCUGCAGUCAUCACCAACCAAGGCCAAAACCCCAAUGGCCCAUUCUGCUGCCCAUGCUGCUGCCAAUGCCGCUGCUGCUUCUGCUUCUGCUUCUGCUUCGGCCUCUAUUCAGCAACAAAACAACAACAAACUGAUGGUUGGCACGCCUCAGCGCAAGCAGAAUGCGGAAAAGAGAAUAUCUACCAUGACUGAGGCGCAAAUCAUGGCCAGGCUGAGGUCUGUGGUUAUCAAUCAAGAUCCUCACAGCAGGUUCCAGGUGCUGGAGAAAGCAGGUCAAGGGGCCUCUGGAUCCGUUUACGUCGCGGCACCAACUCAAAAUCAUCCUAGAUUAUACCAACAGUUCUCUAAGAUCGCAAUCAAACAGAUUGAUCUGUCGAAGCAGGGUAGAAAGGAGCUCAUAGUGAAUGAGAUUUUGGUGAUGAAAGACUCGAGGCAUGACAAUAUUGUGAACUUCCUGGAGGCCUAUUUGAACGGUUCGUAUGACUUGUGGGUUAUCAUGGAGUACAUGGAGGGUGGUGCUUUGACGGAUGUCAUUGAGAACAAUGAGGGUUUAAUGAACGAGUCGCAGAUCGCUAGAAUAUGUCUUGAAACUGUCAAAGGUCUACAGCAUCUUCACAACAAGAACAUCAUACAUCGUGAUAUCAAGUCUGAUAACAUUCUUUUGAACAAGAGAGGACAAGUUAAGAUCACCGACUUUGGCUUCUGUGCCAAGUUGACCGAGCAGAAGAACAAGAGAGCCACCAUGGUUGGAACUCCUUAUUGGAUGGCACCAGAGGUAGUCAAAGUUCGUGAAUACGACUCUAAGGUGGAUAUCUGGUCUCUCGGUAUUAUGUGCAUUGAGAUGAUCGAAGGAGAGCCUCCAUACCUGAACGAAGAGCCUCUGAAAGCUCUCUAUCUGAUCGCUACAAAUGGUACUCCCAAACUGAAGCAUGCCGAUCUCUUGUCUUUGGAGAUCAAGAAGUUCUUGUCGAUAUGUCUAUGUGUUGACGUCAAGUACAGGGCCACAACUGAGGAAUUGUUGAAACAUGAGUUUUUGGCCAAGUCUUGUCGGGUUGAUGAGUUGGAGGUGUUGUUGAAAUGGAAGCAGGGUGAUCAACAACAAUAA